AUGCGCCCUACCCCUAAGCCCUCAUUUCUCCUCUCGGAAGUUGAUACCCCGACUCAGCAGCGCGUCCAAAUGGCCGAUACUCAAGGGUCGCCAUCUUUCAAUGGGGAAGCGGCUGCAUUUCCCCCCUUCCCUCCCCAAGAGACCGACCUUGGUAAGUCCUCUGCGCUUCCGACCGUCCCGUCGCGGAGCUUCGAGCUAGCCAUCACCACCGCCCAUGAACGUCAAUACGAUCAACUGUCACCCUUAUUGACGAGUUAUCUCUCAGACCAAAAGCCUUCCCACAUUAUCGAUCAUGAGGAACAUGGGUCGCCUCCAGCCAAAAAGCGCCGUACAGACGGGGGGCCCGACGGCGAGGUUCACUUGCCACCUGAUUCCAUGUUGAUGGCCGAUCAGCAUGGUCCGGGGCACAAGAUUGAAGAGGAACUGGCAUCGGCACUCGGCGAAGGUGUCAUUGAUACAGUGGAACCCACUGACAAUGUGAUCAACCAACCUCUGCAACCUGAGUCGCUUGACACACCUGUAGGAGUUUCGUCAACUCAGCAAGGUGAUGCGGAGAUAAACCCCGAUGUAGCUACCAUCAUCUCGGAAAUAAUGGACCAUACUGAGCGUCAGGAACAGACCGUUGCAUUAGGUCCGCAAGAGAUUCAGCCUGCCACCGACUUCCCCGGAAGUAGAGGCUUCGCGUUCCUAAAGGCCAACUCGCACCUGAAGAUCCAGAGCCUUCCGAUCCUGGACAAUUUAGUUAGUGAAACCAUCUUGCUGCGACUGUUUGCUUUUCCUCCACUAACCUUCUAUACCCAGUCCACUCAAAUUUUGUCCUUCCUCUCAAAGAACACCUACCAAGACCUCACCGCUAUGGUAUCUGAACCAGAAUCGGAGAACGGCCAGGCAUAUGCCACUAUGCGCUCCUUGUUUGAUCACACAAAGAGGGUGUACACUGUGAAGCACUCUUUCUUGCAGCCAACUGAUCUCGAAAUCACCGAUCCCUCGCAGAUUGACGUUAUCCGCAAGGCCAAUUUGGCAUCCUUCGUUUCCAGUAUCUUCGGUUCUCAGGAAAUAGGAUUUGCGGACUUAAACGAGCAUUUCCUGGACGUCUUUGUUCCCGAGGGUGGCCGUCUGCUCAAGGUUCAAGGUGCUCUAUACCUUGAGCUCAAGACUCAAGCCUUCAUCGCCGCCAUGCACAACAAGUCUAUCACCCGCACGCAGCUACUCUGCAACCUUUUCCCAGAAGAUAUGGAGCUUCGGCUGCUUGCGAGACGUCCUGGCACUAGACAGCUGGCACCUUCAGAGACGGACUUUGUUAACCGACUUACAUCCCGUCGUGACAUUCUUCUGAAUGAACUCAACAACGAGGAGGCGUUGACUGGGUUGCCGAACAAGUACCACUGGGAAGAUUUCCUGCGCGACCUCAGUUCCUACAUCUCAAAGAAUUUCGAUGCUAUCAAUACCCAACAGGGGAAGAAACCCAUCAAGGGCCGUCAGCCUUCAAGCUCCAACGGCGAUGCACAUGAAUCACCCAACACCACCCACCAGGGCCAAUUUUCUCUGAAUCAACAAGUUGAGGUCCCUGUCGACCGAAACAUGCAUGGUGACCUUGUCGCACGUGCUGCUCGAGCCGCACAGAUUGCUCUCCAGGGCCAUGGUCUUCGACGCUCCCAGCAGCAGUCACAGAACCAACAGACGCAAUCCCAGGCUAGCCCAUCUCCCAGACCCCAGCAGCAGCAACAGCAGCAGCCUCAACAACCUCAACCUCAGUCACAGCCCCCUCCACAGCAACCCCCACAGCAACCCCCACAGCAACCCCCACAGCAACCUCCCCAACAGCCGGUUCAGCAGCCGCCCCCACCACCACCACAGCCCCAGCAUGAAAGCCCCUAUCUGCAUGGUUAUACUGCCGCGCAGCAACCCCAAUCCACCCACCAAUACCACCAUAGCCCCACUCCACCGGGGGGAUACCAGCCUCAGCAGACAUCUCCCAUGAAUUUCCAACAGUCUCCGCUUCAAACCAACUUCCAGCAAUACAACCCCAAUGCUGCACAAGCUAUGCAGGCGAGAGCAAACGGAAUGUCCUCCAACCAUGGAUAUAUGCCGGGGAUCCCUCAUUACUCUCAGUCGCAGCCAACUCAGGUUCUGUAUGAGCGCGCGCGCAUGGCUGCCUCCGCCAAAUCCUCCCCCACCAGCCGUAAAUCCGGUCUCCCCAGCCAACGCCGACCAUGGACCACUGAGGAAGAGAACGCGCUGAUGGCCGGCCUCGACCGCGUCAAAGGUCCCCACUGGAGUCAGAUUCUUGCCAUGUUCGGACCCGGAGGAACGAUCAGCGAAGCCCUGAAAGACCGCAACCAGGUGCAACUCAAGGACAAGGCCCGCAAUCUGAAACUUUUCUUUCUGAAGAGCGGUAUCGAGGUCCCGUACUAUUUGAAGUUCGUGACCGGUGAAUUGAAGACCCGUGCGCCUGCGCAGGCAGCAAAGCGUGAGGCUCGCGAGCGCCAGAAGAAACAGGGCGAAGAAGACAAGGCUCACGUGGAGGGAAUCAAGGGCAUGAUGGCUCUUGCAGGUGCUCAUGGGACCCCUGUCUCGGGCCAUGAAAUGUCCGCCUCGCCAAGCCUGCCCCCGGAUGCCAACAGCCAGUCUGUGUUUGAUCAAACCGCGGAACACAAUCUGAUGCAGACUCUCAGUCAGGAGGUGCAUGGAAGUCAGUACCCUCAGCAGCAUACUCAACAGCCUCAGGACCAUAUCGAUCCUCACAUGCAGAUGGGGCAGUGA